AUGUGCGGUGUUUGGAAAAUAUUAUGGUGGAUUUUAUGGUUCACGAAUUCUGUGCUGAACGGAGUUCAUGCAUGUUUGGACAAGGAACAAUUUCUGGCCGGUUUAGAUCCAAAAACAACCCUGAUUUUCGAAGCCGAACUGCUUCAGUUCGGUGAUCAAACUGCCCACUCCGAGGCCUAUGUCCGUGUGACACGAAUUAUCCGACAACCAGAAACCGGAUGGCACGUUCAAGUCGGGAAUGUGGCCCAUCUCACGGGGAUCGUACCUCGCCCCGCGGACACCCUGAAUUGUUUACCGAGACAAACGCGGGGCGUGGUCUAUUUGUGGGCUACGCGAAACACCGCGGUCAGCCUGCGCAAUGCGGAAUACUCACUGGAACUGGUCCCCGGUGGUUUGUUCAGCACUGUGGAUGAUCAGACGACGGGGCUUGAUGAGCGUCAGCCCGUGGAGCAAUCUCCGACUCAAACACCAAGUAUGAAGAACAAUCUUCAACAAUCAAAAGCCGGUAAAUUGCAUUUGGUGACACUUUUUAUUUAG